UCGAGUAUGAUCGAAGCAUGCUUGUUUCACGUAUUUGCAUGCUCUGAACACGUCCGCAGCCAGUUUUCGUACGACCAAAAUGUGACAGGGCCAUCGGCUUCACCGUGGACGUACCAGCGGACCACACGUGGGGCGUGAGGCGACCCAACGGCACGUGGAGUGGGAUGAUGGGCAUGCUAGAGACCAACGAAUCCGAUCUGGCAUUAAGCUGCUUCCUGCCGACGUUCGAGAGACUCGAGGUGGCGCUACCGACGGUUCUCAUCGUUUCUGAGGAGAUGAGCAUCCUGGGAGGUCGACUCUCCGUGCAGAGUUCCAACAUAUUCGGCUACAUCAUGACCUUCGACUGGCAGGUUUGGACGGCCUUUUUGAUGGCACUCCUCCUGUUGUCCGGUUUGUCUACCGUCGUGGACAUCAUCAGACCAACCCCCGCUGGCAAAACCAAGUUGUCCCUGCUCAGUCUUUGGAAUGAACAGUUCUGGAAGUACUUUGAGAACAUGCUCACGGAAGCGUCUGCAGAAUCCCCCGGGGACACUCCCUCGCGCAUCUUGUCCGCCGUCUGGUGGAUGGCGGUGAUCGUCCUGAUGAACGCCUUCACCGGACACAUGCGGGCCUGUAUGAUGAUCAAGUCCCAGACGGACACCAUCGACUCCCUGGCCGAGCUGGUGACCAGGACACAGGUCAAGCCCUACGUUUGGGGAGGCACCGCCUAUGUCUUCAUGCUAAGGGACACGGGAACGCCCGAGUACCAGUCGAUAUGGAGAAGCGUCGAGCGUCAUCAGUCCAUGCUCCCUACCGAGAAGCUGUACAGCAGGGACGUCCUCAAUGAAGUGAUGGAGGGCAAGGCGGUCAUCGUCAGCGAUCGGAGUUCCCUCGUGUACAAGGUGUCCCUCGUGUGCAAGGACUUCCAAGAGGGCGAGUUCUACGUGAGCCGGGAGGCAGUGACCCAGCAUCCGUUCGUAUGGUUCUACAACAAGCUGCUUGCCAAAGACCUGCGAGACGCCAUCGAUCAUAAACUCGAGGCUCUGGUCGAAGGCGGCUUCACCCAGAGGUGGUGGGACCAGGGAGUGGGCACCUGGAGGGAGUGCGGAGGCUCCAGCGGCAAUCAGGAGGACGGUGAUGACGUCACGACGUCCCACACCUCGCUCCAGUUCCAAGACCUGCGCGCUGUCUUCGUGCUGUGGCUGUGCUCAGCCUGCAUCGCCACCGCCGUAUUCGUCCUCGAAGGCUUGCUGGGCGUAGUUUCGCGGAAAUCGGAGUGUUGCCGUGACGCCCGUAAACGGGGUAAAUCGAAGAAGGGGCGCUUAGAAUCGCUGGAUUUCACGAAAGCACGCGUUUUCGAACCUCGUCAGCCGAAAAGAGAUAACUAGGGAGUUGUGGCAAAUCGUUCUGACAACUGCGAUGAUGAUAUCCGAUACUACGCUGACGCCUUUGCGCAUGCAUCGUUAUCGGAGGUAUCAGAACCAUCUACAAAAACUUCCUAAUAAGUACGCGACACUUCUGAGUAGUGGCGAAAAAAAGUGAAAGCCGUUUACAACUCCCUGUAACGUCGAAUCGGAGCGCAGCUC